AUGCUUAAAUUGUCUCUGGCUCAAUGCCAGAUAGUUUCAGCAGUUCUAACGGCCCUUAGUGCCUUUUUUCUUUUCAUUGGCACCGUCACACCCGCUUGGCAGGUAGCCGAAGACUUAGAUAUUGGACGAUAUGUUCAAUCUGGUCUCUGGCUCUAUUGCCCGGGAGCUGCUCAGUGUUGGUAUAUUUUCAGUGAUAAUUUAAUUAAUUAUUAUGAGAAGGUGGACGUUUGUCGAUUCUUCCUGAUUGGAGAUUGCAGAAAAAAACUCUUGCGAACUCCUUAUUUCUUUGGUUGGCACUACGCCGUUUUGAUUCUCAAUAUGGUGACUCUCGGCAUCUUAUCAGUUGCCUUCGUUGCUGCUGCUCUUGCUUAUUUCAAGAAAGAGAAGAGCAGAAUAGCAACGAUUGUCUACGACGUCUUCAUUGUUUUGAGCGCUCUCUUCCUUACAAUAUCCCUCAUUGUCUUCGUGGUGAACGCCGAAAUGUUGGAAUCGAAGUACCUGAUCGGAACGAAGAAUACUUUUGAAAAAACAUAUGGAUACUCAUUCUAUUUAGCUUGCUUAGCUCUUUUCAUAAUUAGUUUCGCGAUGUUGUCCGGAGUUGUAUUAACAACAUUCACAUUUUUCAUACAGAGCGAUAGCGAGAGGGCCGGUAUUAGAGAUGAUUACCGGGCUUCUCUAUACUAUCAAGAUCAACCCAAAGUGCUUUUAUCUCCUUCACUGCGCGAAUCAUUUGCCGCCGAAUCUCAGACUCCUCUCAGAUCCAUGACGCCAAUGUCUCAAGUGCCUCCACUGAACGUGACCCAUGGUGAAUAUAUCCCACCUGCACGAUCUCCUAGAGGUGACUUCCAACAGAAUACCAGACAUUUCUACAGCUAUUGA